AUGGACAAGGUAAGGGGUGAACUGCCCGUUAUGCAAUAUAGAAAGCUUGUUUUGGAGAGCAAUUUGGUUGGUUAUCAGGAUGAGGUUUCGACGCCAAAGGCUACGGUGGCAUCCCUCGAGUUGGAAAAAGUUGGUUUGGUGGACAAAAUAGUUAUAUCGGAGCAUGGCGUUCAAAAAAGAUGGAGGAAGUAUUCUCUACUUUAUUUUGUUUUGAUUACUAGUUUGAAGAUGAUGAAUGCAGAGCAUAAUUUGGGAUUGAUCGACACUGAUAUUCCGCUAUAUGCUCCUACUCGUUUGCAGAAGAUGGAAGAAGCAUUCUCUGCUUUAUUUUGUUUUGAUUACUUGUUUGAAUUUGGUUUUCCUUUAGCGAAUAUUGAUCAGUUAUGUACAUUGGUGGGCCCUCCUAACAGUGGGGCGUCUACGAGCAGUGGUGGUGGUGUUGGUGCUAGUGGGUCCUAA